AUGAGGGCCAAGCCGGCUGUGGAGUCUGAGUACGAUGUGGUAGUCAUUGGUAGUGGACUAGCUGGCCUCACUUGUGCUGGUGUCCUUGCAGCUGCAGGUAAACGGGUUUGUGUCUUGGAAAGUCAUUAUGUUCCUGGUGGUGCUGCUCACACCUUCCGAGCAAGAGCAAAGGGCAUUGAAGGAGACUUUUGCUUUGAUUCGGGGCCUUCGCUCUAUGGGGGACUGAGUGGUGAACGAACAUCAUCUCCACUGAAACACGUCUAUCAGAUUCUGGGCGAAGAGCCCAAGUGGAUCCAAUAUGACAGGUGGAACGCCUUCAUCCCUGAGGGUGAAGCAAAUGCAGCCAUUGGUUAUGAGGAGUUCGUGACAAAGUUGCUACCUCGAUUUGGUGGGCCAAAUGCUCAAGAGCAAUGGCAGCGGCUGAUGCAAAACAUUGUGCCCAUGGCUGAUGCAAUUUGCAAUGGUCCACCGCCAGCCUUUGUGCGUGAAGAUGUUGGGGCCGCCGUUACGUUGGCCCGAUACUUGCCCAAAUUGAAGGCCAUACCCGGAGGCCCACAGAAGCUGUCGGAGCCUUUCAGCAAGUUCUUGGAGGAUGCUGGAGUUACCGAUCCGUUCAUCAAGAACUGGAUGGACAUGUUUGCGUUUUUGCUCCAGGGCCUUCCGUGCUAUGGGGCGCCAACAUCAAUGAUGGCAUACAUGAUGGGUGACCUCUACAAAAAGAAUACGUGCUUGGAUUUUCCGAAAGGCUGCAAGGUGAUCCUCAAAGCCCAUGUGGAUGAAGUGAUCGUUGAAGGACUUCGCGUCACAGCGCCAGAGAUGCUCCCAGGGCACAAGACGCCCUUGGAAGGCCGGAAGAGGACCGGCAGCGCCAACUGCACCCCUUGCUGUUUGCAGCUCUUUUUGACGCUGCCUAGCCUUGCUCGCUGCAAAGCGCAUGCCCUCCGCAGCCCGUCGACCGGCAAUGCUUCCUUCAACAAACGUUUUGCUUCAGCAUUUGAGACAACGAAUCUGGUUUUGCCAGUGGAGAUGACCAGCCCAUCAGUUUUCACAUGUGUGGAGACAGCACUGCGCCUGGUGCCCGUCUUAAAAGAAGUAAUUAUUGGCUUUAUGAUGCUUUACGCAUGUGAGGAGACCCGAAGGUUGGAGGAGACCCAAGUCUAUGUCUUCAACAUCAAAGUUGACUCCAUGGCUUUUGAUGGUGCUGCGCUGAAAGAUACUCGGGGUUUGCAUUUUGCCAUCUCAAUCCAGAAGAAUGGGAAGACUGGCCACAGGUGCUUGCUCACUCCAGCUAUCAAGCCAAUAGUGGAAGGAACUGAAGGACACCAGCGGUGCUUUUUCAACAUCCGCUACGAAGUAGAUAUUCUUUGGGAAGGCUGUGACAUUUUGACCUUCAGCGUUUACAAGCACAACCUGUUCUUAUCCAACACCUUUCUGGGCUCUUGCGAAAUGCCUUUAUCACUUUGUUACGAACAGCUGGUGAGCACUGCCAAGUCCUGCAAUCCAGCAGAGGCUGACCCGCUCCCCAUCGAGUUGGAACUCACUUUGAUGUACAACUCCAAGCCGGCAAUUGGGAGGUGUGGAUUAUUUGUCUCGUGCAGCAAAGAGGCGCUUCGAAGCGUUGGUGGCCGUGGAGCUCUUUGGGCAACUGUUCCCGAAGAACCAGGUGAAGAAAGAAGGAAGAUAUAUUCUGAUGCGAUUAGAUGCAAAAUGGAGGAGAUCCAUGCUUGCCACAGUCUAAGUGUCCAGUUGCAACAGGCCCAGGCAGAUCUUUGGAUGCAUGGAGUGGAACGUCUUACAAGUGAAGGCGCCCUAGAUAACAACACAGUGCAAAUUGCAAGGGCCUGUGGCCUGGUCUCUGCAGAGCGUGCUGAGCUUCUGAGGCAAGCUUGA